AUGGGGAAGCACUUGUUCCGAUCAUCUCCUCCACCGGAGAAACAACCAGCUCACCAAUCGCUCGCCGAAUCAGCUGUGCAGGAGUGUAUGAGCAGCAUCAACGCCGUCAUAUCCAAAUGGACCUCUCCUUCCGACGAAUUCCUCUUUUCCACCAACAGUCGUCGCGAAGCGGAGGAGUUCGUGGAAGCCGUUACGCAUUUGCAGAGCACGAUGCACCGUUUGGUCUCCGUGAAUCCGUCCUCGGAGAAGCUCGUGUAUGCGCAGAAUCUGAUGCAAUCGGCGAUGAAGCUUCUCGAAUCGGAGUUUCACCGCGUCUUGAAGGAGAACCGGCAGUAUCUGGAUCCGGAAUGCGUCUCUGUACGUUCAUACAGAUCUUCCAGAUUCAGCACUUCGACUGCGACGACCAGCGUCGUCUCCGAUUCCGACGACGAAAGCACUUACGAGGAAAACCCCGACGAUCAUAGAUUCUCCGGCGGAGAUACCGACGCCAUGGAUGACCUCAAGAUGAUUGCGGAUUGUAUGAUUUCCACGGGGUACGCCAAGGAAUGCGUCGGGGUUUACAGAAAAGUACGGAGAUCGAUUGUGGACGAGACGCUGCACAAUCUGGCGGUGGAGAGAUUGACUCUGCAUCAGAUUCAGAAGAUGGACUGGGAGGUUCUGGAGUCCAAGAUCAAAUCCUGGGUACGAGCUGUGAAAUUAGCGGUUCGGUCUCUCUUCUUCGGCGAGAGGAUUCUCGCCGACCACGUUUUCUCCUCCUCCACUAACAUUGUCGAAUCCUGUUUCACCGAUAUCACACAAGAAGGAGCCUUAACGCUCUUUGCUUUCCCGGAGAAUGCCGGGAAGAUCAAGAAAUUAACCCCGGAGAAAAUGUUCCGAUUCCUGGACAUGUACGAAUCGCUCGCGAAUCUCUUCGUUGAGAUCGAAUCGAUUUUCUACUUCGAUUCAGCCGCCGCCGUUAGGUCUCAGGUGAUCAACUCGCUGGCCAGACUCGGCGAUGCCAUUAGGUUGAUGAUGACGGAUUUCGAGUUGGCUAUUCAGAAAGAAACCUCCAAAACGCCGAUAACCGGCGGCGGCGUUCACCCUCUCACGCGUUACGUCAUGAACUACCUCUCCUUCCUCGCCGAUUACAGAGAAUCGAUCGCCGCCAUCUUCGAGAACUGGCAGCUAAGCGUGCCGUCUCCCUUGCCGGAGUCCUUGUUCAUCAGCGGCGGCGACGAGGCUCAUCCUCAGGACUUGUACUCGUCUCCGGUGUCCGUGCGAAUUGCCUGGGUGAUUCUCCUCACGCUCUGCAAAAUCGACGGCAAAGCUCAGCCGUACAAAGACGUCGCUCUAUCUUACCUCUUCCUCACCAACAAUCUCCAAUACGUCGUCGUUAAGGUCCGAUCGUCGAACCUGAAGCUCCUUCUCGGCGACGAUUGGCUGGUGAGGCACGAGGCGAAGGUGAAACAGUACGCAGAUAAGUUCGAGAAGCUAGCAUGGGGGAAAGUGCUGACGGCAUUACCGGAAAAUCCAGCGGAGGAGAUCUCGCCGGAGGAGGCUAGGAAUUUGUUCAACAGAUUCAACGAUGAGUUCGAAGCGUCGUACCGGAAACAGAUAUCAUGGGUCAUACCCGACCCGAAACUAAGGGACCACAUCAAAAUCACGUUGAGUCAGAAACUCAUGCUGGUUUGCACCGAGUUCUACGAGAUAAACCGGGCCGGUUUGGUAGGAGAUAGAUAUAACGAGUUUAUUGUCAGAUAUACCCCUGAAGAUAUAGGAAAUUACCUCUCGGAUCUUUACUUUGGAAGCAGAGGCUCAGGGAGUGUCUCGACAAAAGGAUCCGGAUCUGGAUUCGGAACCGGUUCGUCAACUACGGUUAAACCUCACGGCGAGCGAAGCCAUUAA